AAACCAGCAGUGAAGGUGCUUGUCUGACCUCAAGCAGGAGGUCGUUCCACAGCUCAGGAGCCUCGAGGAGGCCCGGCCUCUAGUCAAGCGUUUUCAAACUACUAAAAAGGAAAUGACUGCUUUCUUAUGAUUUUUUUUUAGAAGAAUGGGGAAAUGUGAUCUAAUCUUAACACCACGAUGGGCAGGCGGAGAUGGUUUUCUUUAUCUAUCAAGUCCGUCAGAAACAGGAAACAUCAUCUUCAGCUGUUAAACAAAGAAAAGGGUCUUGCUGAUGGAAUCAGAUGAAAUGUUGCUGCUGGAGUUAAUUCUGGUGUUGCUGCUUCAAUUUGAAGGAAUCAGUGAAGGAAAACAUCUCUACCACAGAGCUGGAGAAGAUGCUGCUCUCCCGUGUUACAGCCGACCAGCUGAUUACCCGUGUGCUCGUGUUAGCUGGGGCCAUCACACGCAUCGGUAUUGGGAGGUUAAGAAUGGAAAUGUGGAGAGUUCUCAUCGAGCUGCCAGACUGAGUCUGGACAGAAACUGUUCUCUGUCAUCACCAACAUCACUGCUGAAGAUGCUGGACGUUACACCUGUAGGUCUGGAUAUGGAAGCAGCUACGUAUAUCUGAGGAUUUUAACCAGUGAGCAUCUAGACCGAGUCUUUGUCGUUAAUCCUGUAAAAAGCAGAAACUAGAGGAUGUUUCCUUCAUCUUCAUGAACAAGGUAUUGGACAUCUUCAGAUGUUCCUCAUCAUGAUGGAUGCUCUCAGUGUUUUAGAGUAGACGGGAUUCAGGAUGGACAUGUUUGACUGAACGAAGCUUUUGUCAUAAUUGAUUCAUCAGCUGAUGUUUCCUGAUGCUUCUGGUGUCAUCAUCAAUACCUGUUCAGAACUGGGAUGUUUCCACAGAACAACCAGGAAGUUCAACUAAGACAAGAUGGUUUCUCAUGUUUGGGUCUAACAGCAGCUGUCUCUUGUUGUCCUUCAGUUUCUCCAGCAGACGCUGUUCCAGACGGAGAUGUCACAGUGAGAUGUUCUCUGAGGAGUUUCCAAACUUCCUGUCCAGUUAACAGCCUCCGCUGGGUGGAUGAAACAGGACAUCAGCUGACUGGUGACGAUGAUGGAUCCUUCUCAACAGCACAAACAAACUGUGGUUCUUCUCUGACUCUGAAGCUUCAAAGUGGAGGAAGCAGAAGACUCAGUUGCUGGUUUGUUGAAGGAAACCAAGUGAGGAUAGAAGCUCACUUCGCACCUGUCUGCACAGGUAGGGUGGAGUUUUACCUGGUUCUUUCAUUCUGGAUAAAAGAAAGUUAAUCUGGAUUAAGGGGGCGGAGCCUCAACCUGUCAGCUCAGCUGAAACCUUGAACAGGUGUGAUGAACAGAUGGGGAUGCUAGAGGAUGCAGAUGGGCCAGAUGAAAGGCAUGUCCUGUGUGUCUCCAUUGAUCCGAUCAGUGGAACCAGCUGGUCGUGUUAAAAGAAUCAGCUGAUUAGAGGACGGCAGGGACGCUGCUGCCAGGACCUGGAAAAGAGGAAGAUGAGGAAUAUGAGUCCAUCUGUGUGUUCACCUGUAGGACAGAAGAUUCUGAAAACUUUACCCGCAAUCCUCUCUGCUGUUUCAAAUGCAUCAUUUGUUGUAAAAUCACAGAACUAAACACAUUUAUGUGUUCUUUUCUGUAUUAAACAGGAAAAGAACUUCUGAACCCUGACCUCCAGCCUCGGGCUCCUCUGAGCUCCGUCAUGUGGACGCUACGAGUCACAGCUGUGAUCCUGACGAUUGGACUCAGCGUUGGUAUCAUCAGAAGCAGAGGAUGCAAAACACCUCAAAACAAUGUCGGCGUUGCUCAUGCUGCUGAUGACGACACCGUCACCUAUGAAGGCGUUGGAGAUGGUUCUGCUGCCACCACACUCGCCUGAACUUCAUCACCUUACAGCAAAAAUUAAAUCAGUUUUCAGCUUUUAGCUCGUUUUAGAAUCCAUGAAAACAUCAUGCUUGAAACGCUGAUGGACCUUUACUGAUGCCUAACCAUGCUGACGAGAUGAGCAGGUCAGAUUUGUAAAAUAAAGUUAGACUUUAAUCGUCUCAACAGGAAAGAUUUCUGUCAGAAUGUUGGUGUGGAAACGUUCUGAUGUAUUAUCCAGAAGGCUUUUGUCUCCAUGGAAUCAAGAAAGAUCUGCAGCUGUUUGUGAUUUUCUGAUCAUUUGACUUUAAUUAUAAUGCGACCGAAACUUGAUUUCAGAACCAAACUUUUGUCUUUUCUUGGUUAUUUUAGAGAAGAUCCUUCUUGUGAUUCUGACUUCUGUCCAGCAGGUAGAGCUGUUUGAUCAAACCUUCGGGCUGAACGGAUCUGAUUUAGAGAAGAAAAAACUCUGAUCCAGGAUCAGCACCACGGACAGCUCCGAGUUCCUGUUCGGGUUUGACUGAAGCAGCCUGGGUUUAUUUAACAGAAAAGUUUUAUUCACAUUUUUGUUUUGUGUUUAUGGUGAAACCCUUUCUCUCUCGGUGUGGACAUUAAAGUGUUAAAAUAAAACAUCCACAGUCCUGGGAUCUUUGUAUGAAGCCUGCAGGUAGAACAUCAGUCCAGAUGUUUCAAUAAUCAGCUGUUCGCACACUCCCCAGGGGGCUCGGGAUGCGCUACCGUUCCGGUCUGUGUUCUCAACAACGGACCGUCAGAGUUCCGGUUCGUCUGCAGAGUCAGAGGGCGUUGGCACCGAACCAGCGGAGCUCCGGCAGCGGAGGAGGAGGAGGAGGUGAAAGCAACAGAUUACAUGAAGGAGUGGGCAGAAACUGGGCGUGAGGAGGAAAGGGUCUGGAUCUUCUGACAGAGCUCGGAUCGAACCAGUCCAGUGGUUCCGGAUGGGAUGGAGACCGCUGAGGAGAUGCAGACCGACGUCACUGGGGAGCUUUGUUCCCGCUGCGGACCUGAGGCUGCGGAAACGCCGCAGAUCAGCGCAGAAAACUGUUUUGAGCUCCUGACCAAAGCGAAGCGUGAGGGCGCGGCGGGAGACCAGAACCGGGACCGGGUCCUCCGUUACAUGAGUGACCACUAUCUGCAGGUGCUGCGGAACCCCGCCCUGUUCGGCCGUCUGACGGCGGGGGAGCGCGAGCUCAUCCUGACCCUCAGGAUGGGAGGGGGCAAGGUUCUGGCGGUGGCCGAGACCAGUGAGGUUCUGGAGCGCGGGGGGAGCCGAGACAGGGUCCGGUCCCAGAGCCCGCAGCCGGAACCGAGCCAGCGGCGUGUGUUCUACCUCCACCCGGACACCCAGGGGUGGGAGGUGCUGACCGUGCUCCCGGAGGAGGUCCCAGCUAAAGGCUCCGGGAUGUGCACCAUGUACAACUACCUGUUCGUGGCGGGGGGGCUCCGGACGCACGGGGACGGCCGGUCCAAAGCCUCGGACCGGGUGUUCUGCUUCAACCCGCUGACCGGACUCUGGACCCAGAUCCGGCCGCUGACGCAGGCGCGCUGCCAGCUGCGGCUCGUGUCCAUGGACGGGUUCCUGUACGCCGUGGGAGGGGAGUGUCUGUUCACCGUGGAGCGCUACGACCCGCGCGCGGACAGGUGGAGUCACGUGGCCCCGCUGCCCAAAGGCUCCUUCGCGGUGGCGCACGAGGCCACGUCGUGCGGCGGGGAGCUGUUCGUGUCCGGCGGCUCGCUCUUCUACCGGCUGCUGCGCUACGACUCCCGCCGGAACGAGUGGGAGGAGUGUCCGUUCAACGAGAGCCGGCGGCGCUCCACCGACAUGGUGGCGCACCAGAGCCUGGUGUACCGCUUCGAUGUGGACCGGGAGCGCGCGGCAGUGAACGUGUUCCGGUACAACACGGUGGUGAAAGUGUGGCUCGCCGGCGCGUCCUUCCCGCUGGAGAACCCACAGCCGUUCCGCUGCGCGGUGCUUGGAGACCGGAUCUACUGCGUAAACCGGAGCCACACGCUGCAGUUCGAGAUGCGCGAGGAGCACGAGGGCUUCCUACCGGAGCCGCUGAGCUCUCCCGCCGAGGCCCGAGGGACCCUGGUGCCGUUUGUGCUCAGCCUCGGCCAGGACAAGUGAUCCGAACCGGGACAGACUUGCACGUGCCAUUGGUUGGAUGAAACCGUCAGAACGGAGAGGUUGCUGGUUCGAGUUCCAACAUGGAUCUUUUUAUUCUGAAACACUUUUAUCACCAACAACCUUAAAAAGUGACUCUUCGGAUCUAAAACUGACCGGAAGUUCCCUCAGAUCCAACAGGAAUGUUUGUUUUGUUUUGGAUCAAAGCCUUUCACCUCCUGGAUGCUGAGAUCAGAGGGUUGCUGGACCACACCCCUCCCUCCUGCGGGAGGUUUCCUCUCCUGGAGAUGUUUGAUCACAUUCCUGCUACGGUUGAGGCUUUUGGUGCAGCAUUUCUUAAGUAAUCUUCAUUCGGAGGAAAGAAAAGGACAAAAGUUACCAUGGUAACGAAUGACCGUUCAGAUGAAAGGCUUCAGGCAUCAACUCAAAAGUUGUCCUGCAGAGUAAGGGAGUCAGGGAACAGUCGGAUGGGAAUUACUGAUCCAAACACAGAUGCCAGGUAGAAAUGGCAUUAAUUGGUAAAUGAUGGCUAAACGGAGCCUAUAUUUAUUCUCGGCUCUGGGCCAAAGGAUGAUCACAGCUAAAAAUGUGUUUGAUCAGACUAAAUCACAGUUCGAUCUCAUCAAACAGCUCUGAUCAUCUGUAUAAUAAAUUGUUAAUAAAUGUCUAAAAGAU